GGAUGAGAGAGAGAGAGAGAGCAGUGAUGUGGGUGACAGCUCAAAGAGAUUCGAAAAAGGUCGAACCAACGGGUAGUGCAUUUGGAACAGUGAACCAGGAUGAAUGAGGAUAUCGAAAUCCCGAGAAAUAGUUCCAAAAUCAAUGAUUCCAGGAUGGGGGGCUCGUAUGAGAUUUUCCAUCCAGGUGCUAGUUAUCCUAUUGGGAUAUUUCUGUUGGUCGUUAUGGUGGUCUCCGUUGUCAGCAAUGUUCUUGUGAUACUCUCAGUGGGACUGAAGACCAAAGGCCGUCGUCUGAAACCGAACAGUUUGCCCAUCCUCGCCCUGGCUUUGUCAGAUAUUUGCUUCUCUUUAUCCAUUCACCCAAUGUUAUUGGUCACCAGCUUUGGAAUACCUUCCGAGGACAUCUUCUCUCCCAAUGGCUGUAAUUGGUAUGGCUUUGGAGCCAUCUUCUUCGGCUGUCUUUCAAUGUUGAUUCACGGAUCUGUCAGCUAUUCCAGACUCAAGAACAUUCUUUAUCCCACCCAAGCUCAAUGGAAAAGCCUUACCUUUCAUCUGACCCUCCUAUUCGUCGAUUGUGCCAUUGCUUUCAUCUUUGCUCUAGCUCCUGUCCUUGGUUGGGGACGUUACGAAACGUUCGAAUUUGGAUGUACGGUGGCCUUUCACGACGGAUCGCCAGAAGUGCGAAGCUACGUCAUUUCAAUUCUCAUCUUCGUAUUGGGCGCUCCUUUUGUCAUAUGCGUGGUAUCCUACGCCAGAAUCCUUCAUUUUUCAUACAAGUGUAAACUGCAACUAUUCUCCCUCCAAUCCCAAUAUGAUGUGAACUCAUUGGUGCACACUCCAAACCUUGGCCAAUCUUCCUUGCACGAGGACGUGUUUGCCGAAGAUUCCACUUCCAAAUCUCAUUGGGGAGUCCCGGCCGUGAACUCGGGUGUGAUUUUCAAUUCUUCCAGAUUUGAGGCCAACCAGCAGAAAUCGGAGCUCAUUUCCUCCAUGGACAAGCGAUUGACGAAGGUCACUCUCCUGACUGCUGCCGCCUUCUUUGUUGGAUGGGCUCCAUUUGCCGUGCUGAGCAUUUGGGAAACGUUUUAUCCGCCCAAGCAAAUUCCCGUGGGCUACCGAGUUGCUGCAGCAUUGCUCUGCAAGACAGCCACGGUGUUCAACCCGUGCAUCUAUUUUUGUAUGAGCCAGAGCUUCAGGGAAGAUCUACGAAGUUUCUUCAUCAAGUUAAACCCUUGUACAACUCGGCCGCCCACAGGCCCUCAACACAGACGGCGGGUGCGAAUUCAACUCCAAGUGCUGGAACCAGCACUUUCCCAAACAGAUGGAGACCAUGGAGGCUCAUUUCAAUCUCGAGCUUCGUUGCCUUCGAAGAAGUAUUUUGAUCGGCAAACCAGCCUUUCCAAUGGCACUGGAUUAAUGACGAAUGGCCGUUCUUCAAUGGGUGGGUCUAGUCGCCUCCAAAGGGAACCACAGUCUUUUGUCGUGAAAGGAGGGUACCCGCAGCAAACACAGAGGAUGGAGCUGUCGUGUGACGAUCAAGGUCUAUCACGGGAAAGUCGUCGUUUGCCUUACUUCAGAAAUGCUUGAAUUACACAUAUACAACUGCGCUUCUCCGAGAGGAAAGCGGAAACCCGAAAAAUAUUUGACAUAUAAAGCGCUUAUGACCUGAGAAGUACUGUCAAAAGAAAAAAUACAACCUCCUUGGAAAGACACGUCCUAUUUUGUCAAAAAAAAGAACUAUUAGAACAUUUACUUCAAUGUUUUGGAAGCAGAUUUUUAUCGAGAUAUCUCUCAAUCGCCUAAAUCUUGAAUUUAUGCACUCCCCAAUGAAUAAAUUGGCUUCGAAAGGGAAUCUCAUAGUGAGCGAAACCUUCUCGGACUUCUUUACACAAGGACGCGAGAGUUCCUUUGAUGAUACCGGGAUCUUUUUUCUUGUUGUGUAACUUGUCAUUAUAAGUGUGUCUAAAGAGAAAACGCGUUUGUCAAGUAAGGCUCUUCAUCUAACAGUUUCUACUAAAAGGAGCAGCAAAAUUGUACAAAACAUGGAAAAUGGCCAAGAUAAUGCUUAUCAAAA